CCCCGGACGUGCCGGUACGCUCCGCCGCCCCGGGCACCGACGGGCACCGGAGCCGGCCAUGCCGCCCGUUCCGCCGUUACCGGGGCUCCCCCCGUUGCUUCCCCCGUUGCUUCUGCUCUGCUUGAGCCUCCUUCGCGCCGAGCCCCUCGCCUACCCCGCCGUGAUCUCCCCCCAAGACCCCACCCUGCUGAUCGGCUCCUCCCUGGUGGCCACGUGCACGGUCAGCCCCGAGUUCCACCUGAAGGCUGAGGAUCUGUACUGGACCCUGAACGGCCGGCGCUUGCCCCCCACCUCCUACACCCCCCUGGGCCCCACCAGCCUGGCCGUGGCCCUGCCCCGCCUCAACGGCUCCAGGCAGCAGUCGGGGGACAACCUGGUGUGUCACAGCAGAGACGGCGGCAUCUUGGCCGGCUCCUGCCUUUACGUUGGAUUACCACCAGAAAAACCAGUCAACAUCACCUGCUGGUCCAAAAACAUGAAGGACCUCACCUGCAAGUGGGCACCCGGGACAGAAGGGGAGACCUUCCUGCACACCAACUACACCCUGAAGUACAAGCUGAGGUGGUAUGGCCGGGACAACACGUGCCAGGAAUACCACACGGCCGGGCCCUACUCCUGCCACAUCCCCAAGGACCUGGCGCUCUUCACGCCCUACGAGAUCUGGGUGGAGGCCUCCAACCGCCUGGGUGUGGCCGUCUCUGACGUCGUCAUGCUGGACAUCCUUGACGUGGUCACCACCGACCCACCAUCAGACGUGCACGUCAGCCGGGUGGGGGACCUGGAGGACCAGCUCAGCGUGCGCUGGAGCUCCCCGCCGGCACUCAAGGACUUCCUCUUCCAAGCCAAGUACCAGAUCCAGUACCGGGUGGAGGACAGCUCGGAGUGGAAGGUGGUGGAUGACGUGGGCAACCAGACGUCGUGCCGCCUGGCCGGGCUCCGUCCCGGCACCGUCUACUUCGUCCAGGUGCGCUGCAAUCCCUUCGGCAUCUACGGCUCCAAGAAAGCCGGGAUCUGGAGCGACUGGAGCAACCCCACCGCCGCCUCCACCCCCCGCAGCGAGCGAGCAGCUGGGGGCUGCGACCCCAAAGGGGGGGAGCAGAACACGACGCUGCGGCGGGAGCUGAAGCAGUUUUUCGGGUGGGUGAAGAAACACGCCUACGGCUGCUCCAACCUCGGCAUCAAGCUCUACGACCAGUGGCGCGUGUGGCUGCAGAAAUCGCACAAAACACGCAACCAGGUAGGUUCUUCCCGGCGAUAAGUUGUAGCCCCCGGGGGACCGAGCGCCGGCAGGACGACACGGGGCGCCCGGCGCCCACCCGGGACCACCCGCCCCGGCCCCGCCACGGGGGAGCAGGAAGGCGGCCGGGACGAAACGCAGCCCCGC